AUGGAGAAAAUGCUGAAUCUGCUAGGGGGGGAAGAUCCCCGAAUUUUGUUUAUGGAGACGUUCCUGCGCCACUUGCCUUCCCGGGUUCAGACGGCGCUAGCCAACACGUCCAUUACGGAGCCCCGCGCCUUGGCUGAAGAGGCCGACCUUUUUUUCCUGGCUACCCAGCAGUCCGGUGCAGAGGCGCUAGCUGUGACGCUCAGCGCCCCCUCAACAGUUAAGAAGGCUUGGGGGAGGCUGGACGCGACGGUGCCAAGCCGGCGUGGAGACACAGGAGAGUGUUCUUACCACGCGCGGUUCGGGGGCCAGAGCAAAGAAGUGUAUCGCUCCCUGCAGUUACAAACCUCCGGGAAACGGGGGAGCCGGCGCUCAGUAGUGGCCCUGAGCGUUGGCGACACGAGCAGGCUUCUCUUCGUUAGCGACAGAGUCUCGGGAAGCUUGUUUCUGUGUGACACGGGCGAUCAACGGAGUGUGGUUCCUGCGUCGAGGGAAGACGUCGCUCGUGGGGGACACGGACCGCGGUUGACGACGGCUAAUGGCGGCCCCAUUCGCACGUACGGCGUGAGGCCUAUGUGUUUGUGUAUUGGAGGACAGCGGUUCAACUGGGAUUUUGUGACGGCAGACAUUUAUUUUCCCCUCCUCGGGGCAGAUUUUUUAUGUGCUCACGGACUCCUGAUGGACGUUAAAAAUAAACGCUUGGUUGAUGCCUUGACGUUUUCCUCCCUCGUGCGGCGGCUGUCGGGCUCGCUGUCGGGCUCGCUGUCGGGGGCGGACACUUUUCUCAGGCUGUUGGCUGAAUUUUCAGACCUGACGCUGCCCACCUUCUCUGCGCUCACCACCAAGCAUGGGGUGGAGCACCACGUCACCACUGAAGGUCCCCCAGUCUACGCCAGGGCCUGGCGGUUGAACCCUUCUAAGCUUGCAGUAGAGAGGGUGGAGUUUUCGACCAUGGAACGCCUGGGUAUCGUCCGCCGGUCUGACAGUCCUUGGGCCUCUCCUCUGCACGUCGUUCCCAAGCCGAACGGUGGUUGGCGCCCAUGUGGGGAUUACCGCCGCCUCAACGACGCCACGACACCUGACCGCUACCCGGUGCUGCACAUUCAGGACUUUUCUGCAUAUCUGGCCGGUACGCUGGUGUUUUCUAAAGUGGACCUGGUGCGUGGUUACCACCAGGUGCCCAUGCAUCCCCUGGACGUUGCCAAGACGGCAGUGAUAACGCCGUUUGGACUUUUCGAGUUCCUGCGGAUGCCUUUUGGGCUCAAGAAUGCCGCUCAAACGUUCCAACACCUGAUGGAUUCGGUGCUGCGGGACUUACCGUUUGUGUUCGUCUACCUGGACGACAUACUCGUAGCCAGCGCUUCGGUGGAAGAGCACCUGUCCCACCUCCGAGGAGUGAGAGUGUGUUGUUUCACGAGGCUCAGCCAACACGGGUUGAUUAUCAACCCUGCAAAGUGCCAGUUCGGGGUGUUUGACAUUGACUUCCUUGGACACCGCGUCACCAAAGGCGGUGCAGCACCCCUGCCGGCGAAGGUUGAGGCUGUUGCGGCGUUUCCUCGCCCGCUCACAGCCCGGUCGCUCCGUGAGUUCCUGGGGAUGGUGACUUUCUACCACCGUUUCAUCGCCCGGGCCGCCCACAUUAUGCGGCCGCUGUAUGAGGCUUUGAAGGGUAAGACCCCCAUCCAGGCGAUCGACUGGACGGCGGAAGCUGAGGUUGCUUUUACGGAGGUCAAGACUGCGUUGGCUCAGGCGGCCCUGUUGGCGCACCCAUCAUCCACGGCUCCCAUCUCCAUUACCACAGACGCAUCGGACUACGCCGUUGGUGCGGUGCACGAGCAGUGGGUGGAGGGCGCUUGGCAGCCACUUGCCUUUUUCAGCCGUCAGCUGACGCCCAGGGAAUGCAGGUACAGCGCCUUUGACCGAGAGCUCCUUGGACUCUGGCUGGCCGUGCGGCACUUCUGUUUUUUACUGGAUGGCCGUGAAUUUACGGCGUUUGUCGACCACAAGCCGCUCACGUUCGCCAUGUCAAAAGUGGCGGAGCCUUGGUCUGCACGUCAGCAGCGGCAGCUGUCUUACAUCUCGGAGUUCACCACAGACAUUAAACACGUGGCUGGCAAAUCGAACCUGGUCGCAGAUUGCCUCUCCAGGGUCGUCAUCGGGCCGUAGUUGGGCCUGGACUAUACCCGCAUGGCGACGGACCAGGUCACGGACCCCGGCGUACAGGCCCUGAAGGAGGAUAGCUUGGGGCUGCGCUUGGAAGACGUAGUUUUCGGUGACGCGGGCGUUACUCUCCUGUGCGACGUCUCCACAGGCCUGCCACGGCCAGUCGUUCCCGCCAGUUGGAGGCGCUCCGUUUUUGAGGCGGUGCACGACCUGUGGGUAUGUCGGUUUGGCACCCCGUCCGACAUUUCCUCGGACCGGGGUUCGCAGUUCACGUCUGAGCUCUGGAACGCCGUGGCGUGUGGUUUGGGAGUUAAGCUUCACAGGACAACCGCUUAUCACCCUCAGGCUAACGGCCUCUGUGAACGUUUCCAUCGCUCCAUGAAGGCAGCACUCAGAGCCGGCCUGAAGGACGGCAAUUGGGUUGACAAGCUGCCUUGGGUAAUGCUGGGCCUGAGGACCGCGCCUAAGGAAGACCUGCAGUGUUCCACGGCUGAGAUGGUCUACGGUCAGCCGCUGAGGGUUCCAGGGGAUUUCCUCCCUAACGCAUCGGCUCCCUGGUCGGCGUCGGCGCAGCGGGUUUGCCUGCAAGACGCCGCUGAGAUUUUUGCUCUGAUUCCUACUGCUCAACAUGGUACCCAGGUGUCCCGGGUUCCCGCGGAUCUCCGCUCGGCAGAGCACGUCUUCAUCCGGCACGAUGCGCACAGGGGUCCCCUACGGCCUCCUUACGAUGGACCUUUCCGGGUUUUGGAACACGGGGACAAACACCUUGUGGUCGACCUGGGUGGUAAGGCCGAGCACGUCUCGGUGGACCGGGUGAAGGCGGCCCAUUUGGAUUUGGGCCAGCCGGUGGUGCUGGCACGACCUCUGCAACGGGGGCGCCUGCCGGCCUUGAUCCCUGUCACUGAUUUGAGACCCGUUGUUCCGGUCUCGCCUCUUCCGGAGGCCGCCAAUGCAGAGGUCGUUUUUCCGGCUCCCGUGCUCAGGAGUCGUGGGGGUCGACCUGUCGUUCCUCCCCGCCACGCUGACUUUGUUUAUGGGUGA